AUGAUCAUGCAGCUCGCCCUGAAGGAGAAACAGGCCAUUGCUUACGCGGUGGCUGACGCAUUUAUAACGCAGCUACAACAGUUGCGUCAGAAGGUAGAAAAGGAGAGGGAGAAGAACGACAAUAACCGAGUCGACCCGGCAGCGCUUCGGAAGAUUGUCUCAGAGGCUGUAGCAAAGGUAGUCGAGGAGAAGGUGGCGAGGGCUGUGGAGGAAGUCCGCAAGGAGGUCCAGGAAGUGCGAAGGGAGGUCCAAGAGAAAGGAGGGGUUCCGGCAGCUCCGGCAGCAACAACAGCUCGGGCGCGGUCCUGGGCCGCCGUCGCUACAGGAGAGACGGAACUCCCUAUGAAGAAGAUCCCAGGGCGAUUGAACAGGGAGAUCUUGGUAGGCCUGACAACGGUCGAUAAGGUCAAGUUCCGGAUCCCGACAAUCGCGGGAGUGACGAGAGCAACGGCACUAGUCACUCUGACUAGCCAGGAAGAGGCGAGGAAGGCCUGCGAGCAUGGGGUGGUUUGGCGUACCUAG